AGCCGGAGUCAGUGUGCGUUUGGCUUGCGUGGAGGGAGGACGUGCGCCGGUCUUGUUGUGGCGUCCGCGCGCUGUGCUCUGGUAACUUUUUAGCACCCCUCGAGAAAAUUAUAAUUAUUUGUUAUACCCACAUGAAUACAAGUGCAGAAAAGAUAUCAGGAAGUUUAUGUUGAUUGUUGACGCGUUGCUCGAGACCAGUGAUUAAAGCGAAGCAGUAUUUACUCGUAUAGUUAGGGAUUUUUUUUUUCUUUUUUAUACUUUUUUUGGGGGUUGGACUGCGUGGCGGCCUCAAGUUUGGGAACGUCCGCCCGGAGAGGAGAGGUGCGGUGCUGCCUUGUGGCCUCCCGCCUCGCUUGCCUCGCCAUGGAGGAACUCUUGAGGAGCAGUGCCUGGGCGCGGUGUUGAUGGGCGGGCCAGGGCGGGAACAGCGCCCCCCGCGGCACCAUGUGUGACUGUGGCCUAACAGAAGACGCCCCCGGCCCGGCCCGCAGGCCCGCGCGGGCGGACCAGCAGGGCCACGCUGCGGGCCACCCUCACCGCCGGAGAGGAAGGAUGUGGAGCUGCGGCGCGCGGGGAGUAAUGGGAGUUAGCUUUAGUAUUCUAGUCUUGCUGGCGUGUUGGUGCGGCGUGUGUGUGGCGGCAGGGCCACGGACGCUCCGGGGCGGUGGUUGUCCGCCUGACCGUCACUCCAGCAGUAUCGUAGCCCAGUUCUGCACGGGAAACAGCAGUCUGGCGCUGCAGCACCUCGUCUAUAAUAGAGCCGCUGGCGUGCUGUACAUCGGGGGCACCAACAGGCUGUGGGCCUUGGGCGCCGCCAACCUGGACUUGGAGGAGCGGGUGGAGACAGGGCCGCGGUUCGACUCUCCGGGGUGCCACGCGUCAGGCUGCGACCAGGAGAACAAAGCCAAGCGUGUCUUCACCAGUAACGUGAACAAGGUGUUAGUUCUGGACCCCGACGGUUUCACGCUGCUCAUGUGUGGCUCAGUGUCCCAGGGCGCCUGUGAAAAGUUCCGCACAGCCAACUUGUCCCUCACACCGGAAUUUAUUCCGCGCUCUGUCGCAGCGAACGAUCCUGACUCCUCCACCUUCGCCUUCGUGGGCCCCGAGCAUUAUAACCAGUGGGGCGGCUCCUCUGCCCUGUACGUGGGCACCACCUUCACCACGGUGGGCGACUACCGCCACGACGUGCCCGCCAUCUCCACCAGGAAUCUUCACGAUCUCGAUUACGCGGAGUUCUCCUUCUCCAAACAGUCACUUCUGCGCAUCGACGUCAAAUACCGUGAUCAUUUCCUGGUGCAGUACGUGUACGGCUUCAACGCUAGCGAUUACGCUUACUUCGUGACGGUGCAGAAGAAGUCACACCUGCCGGGGCAGGAGGAGUCGGGCUACAUCUCUCGCCUGACGAGAACCUGCAUCACCGACGCCAACUAUGACUCGUACACGGAGAUCACACUGGAGUGUGUUGGCAGCGACGGUGUCAACUACAACCUGGUGCAGGACGCCAAGCUGGUGGAGGCCGGCAGCGAUCUGGCUGCUAGCAUGGGUCUGCCUGACAGCAGCCACAUCCUGGUGGCUGCCUUCGCUCCCUCUGAGGGCCACACAGCCCGCCCCAAAACCGCCUCCGCCUUGUGCGUGUACUCCGUCCACGACAUCGAGGCAAAGUUCAACGAGAACAUCCACAUGUGCUUCAACGGGUCCAUGCAGUACCGCGGCAUGGAGUACAUCUCGGGACCGAUACUCAACGGGAAGUGUCCUGCGGCCGGGACAAUGGGAAACAUCUACAACUUCUGCGAGGUUGGCCUGAAGGUGUCUGGCGUGUCUCCCAUUCACGCCAGCGCCGCCCUAGCCUACAGGAACGUGAGUCUGAGCUCCGUGCAGUCUGCCCUCACCGCCCACCACACCCUGUUGUUCAUGGGCACCACCACGGGCACGCUGAAGAAGGCGCUGCUGGCGGGACCUGAGGACGCUGCUGAGUAUGGGGAGGACGUGAUAGAUCCCGGCAGUCGUGUCCUUCCUGACAUGACUCUGGACAACCCGGGGGCUCACCUCUUUAUUCUCACCACGACCAAGGUCACCAAGUACCGGGUCGAGGACUGCGCCUCCUACACAAACUGCUCCUCCUGCCUGGGGGCGCGGGAUCCCUACUGCGGCUGGUGCUCCCUCGAGAAAAGGUGCACGGUGCAGUCGGCGUGUCAGAAAGCCACCUUUUCCUCGCCUCGCUGGCUCAGCUUCGGCUCGGGCCAGCAAUGUAUCGACUUCGAGAUGAUCCUGCCAGACCGCCUGCCCAUCACCCAGUCCGCCACGGUGCAGCUGACCAUCCGCACGCUGCCGGAGCUGCCUGCCGGGGCCAAGUACCAGUGUGUGUGGGGGUCGGCGCCCCCUGAGGAUGGAUUGGUGACGACUUCUGGGUUGACGUGCGGCACGCCCGCUCCCCAGCACCGGCCGCCCAUCCCCGCCCACCACGACCACGUGCUGGUGCCCCUCGCCGUCCGCUCCAGUGAGACCAACAAGGACUUCGUCUCCCGAAACUUUGCCUUCUAUGACUGUAGCCGCCACAACACCUGUGGCAGCUGCGUGCGGAGCAACUGGGCGUGCAACUGGUGCGUGUACGAUAACACCUGCACGCACAAUGCCUCCUCCUGCAGCGGGAACGUCGUGUCCGGGGAAAACGUAAGCAUCCUGCAGCUGCUGAGAGAGAACCCCGCACAGCUGGCCACGCACGGCUCAGGCUUCUGCCCGAGGUUUUGGCCCGACCAGACUCCCCUGCUGGCGGCGGACGGCGCCCUGUCCGAGCUGGUGUUGCUGGUGGAGAACCUCCCGGUGCCGCGCGUGGGGCAGCUGGGUUUCCAGUGUGUGGUGAGCGUGGAGGGCGCUACCAUGAAAGUAGGCGCCAGGGUGAUGGGCGGCAGGGAGGGAGGUGACGUGCUCCCUGCUGGCACGUCCACCACGCUGAGCCACCAGCAGCAGCACCGGCGGCUGCAGCGCGUGGUGUGCGAGCCCACCGUGUACCGGUACGAGUCCGCGGAGGGCGAGUACGAGGCGCGCGUCACGCUGGUGUGGAAUCGUGACCACGUGGUGGACGCGCGGCCACUCACGCUGUACAAGUGCGGCGUGCUGGGCGCGCACCGCGGCCACCACGACUGUUCCCUGUGUGUUACCCGCCACCCACGGUACCGCUGCGCCUGGUGUGGAGCCGCCUGCCGCUAUGCUCCGCACUGUCCCGUGGCCGCCGCCUCUUCCUCACCUUCCCUGCCACGCCCGCCCCUGGAGGACUCCCGCCUCAGCCAGUGCCCUACGCCCAGGAUUGACUUGAUUCAGCCGCUGGCAGGCCCUCUGGAGGGCGGCACGCUGGUCACCAUUGAGGGCAGCAACCUGGGCCUGCGGGAGGAGGACGUGAAGAACAACGUCUUCAUCGGGGACGUGCCGUGCCAUGUCCAUGACUACCGAGUGUCCGUCAAGAUCACCUGUCUCACGGGCCCGGCGCCCCUCACUCACGGAACACACAGCGGCAAUGACUUGCAGUUCCCCGUCAGGGUCACUACGCCCGCCGGCACCACGCGCUCCACCGUCAAGUUCACCUACACAAACGUGAGCGUGACGGGCGUGUGGCCGACGCGCGGGCCGGUGUCUGGCGGCACAGUGCUGUCCAUCAGCGGCCGCUUUCUCAACGUGGGCUCCCACGUGUCAGCGGAGCUGGACGGCCUGCCGUGUGUUGUCAACAAGACGCAGUCGUCGUCGCACCGCUUGGUGUGCGUCACCUCGCGGGCGUCUGGGUCUUGGGAGGGCGGCAAGGAGGGCGAUGGACUGCCGGCCACGGUGCGGAUACUCACUGUGAUGGUGGAUGGAGCGCGCCGCUCUCUCGCCUCGCCCUUUGUCUUUACGCCUGAUCCCAGAGUCCUCGAGCUCAAGCCGCUGCGGAGUCCAUGGAGCGGCGGCCGCCUCGUCACCGUCCACGGCACUCAUCUGGACGCCAUUCAGGCUCCGCGCAUCACUGUCAAUCUGUUUGAACGUGUUCUCAACUCCUCCGCCUGCCGCGUUCUCAAUGCUGACCAAAUGGAGUGUCCUUCGCCGCCCCUUGACCGCGACGCCGUGCUGGCUAUCCUGGAGGCACAGGACAAUCUACGUCGCCGCCGAAGGAGCCGAAGCAGGAGAUCUCACAAGAUCCAGCGGUCGCCACGUAGACGCGACCACGAUGGGGACGAGGUGGCCGUGGACGUGGGCUUCCUGAUGGACGGCGUGGCGUCGGUGAUGCAUCUGCGCCAGCACUUCCCCAACGUGCGUUCCCGCCUCACCUACCUGCCGGAUCCCGUGUAUUACACCUUCCCCCACGGCGUCAAGCUGUACAAGGGCGACACUCUGGUGGUGGAGGGCGAGCACAUCAACGACGCCGCCGACGAGAGUGACGUGCGGGUGACCAUCGGUACCGCUAUCUGCAACGUGACCUCCCUGGCCAUGACGCAGCUGGUGUGCACGCCCCCGGAGAUGCAGCCUGAGCCCACCGAUGAGCGCGGCUUGUAUACCCCCGAGCAGCUGCCCCUGGUGGUGGUGCACGUGGGUCAGUACCUGCGCUUCCCCUUGGGAGUCCUGCGCUACGAGCGGCACAGACGCUUCCCCCUCACCCCCGAGGGUAUCGCGGGUCUGGCUGGCGGCGCCCUCUUCCUGGUGCUGGCGUCGUUCGUGGUGCUGGCCGUGUACCGCCGCAAGUCCUCGCAGGCAGAGCGGGUAUACAAGCUGAUGCAACUGCAGAUGGACAGCCUGGAGAGUCACGUGCGCACCGAGUGUAAGCAAGCCUUCGCGGAGCUCCAAACGGACAUGACGGACCUGACGGCGGACCUGGAGUCUUCUGGCAUCCCCACCCUGGACCACCGCACCUACGUGAUGAAAGUGUUCUUCCCCGGCGUGGCUGACCAUCCCAUCCUGCAGGACCCGAAAGCGCGCGCUCACGGCCCGAGGACCAACUACGACGUGGCGAUGUUGCAGUUUGAGCAGCUGGUGGCAAACAAACACUUCCUUCUCUCCUUCAUUGACACCCUGGAGGCACAGAAGUCCUUCAACAUCAGGGACAAAGUGAACGUGGCCUCCCUGGUGACGGUGCUGCAGAUGGGACGCAUGGAGUACCUGACGGAGGUGAUGAGGUGUCUGAUGCUGCGUCUGGUCGCCAACGCUGCUGCCACCAAGCACCCGCAGCUCAUGCUCCGCCGCACCGAGAGCGUCGUGGAGAAGAUGCUCACUAAUUGGAUGGCGCUGUGCAUGUAUAACUAUCUGAAGGAGGACGCGGGCACGGCACUGUUCCUGCUGUUCAAGGCCAUCAAGCACCAGGUAGAGAAGGGCCCCGUGGACGCUGUAACCCACGACGCGCGCUACUCUCUAUCCGAGGAACGCCUUCUCCGGGAGCAGGUGGAGUUCAGCCCCGUGACCAUCCACCUGCUUCAUGAUGACCCUCACUAUGAAAAAAUUCCCUACCAGACAACCUACAGUACGCUGAACAUGUACGCUGAGGAGUACGAGGAGAAGGUGCAGGUGAAGGUGCUGGACUGCGACACGAUCAGCCAGGUGAAGGCCAAGAUCCUGGACGCCCUCUACCGCAACACUCCGUACUCCCUCCGCCCCUCCGUCCACGAAGUCGAUUUAGAGUGGCGUCACGGGCGAGCUGGACGAGUCACUCUGAGCGAUGAGGACAGCACGGUGGUGACAGGGGCAGGCGGCUGGCGGGCCCUCAACACUUUGGCCCAUUACGGUGUACGCGACUCAGCGGUCAUGGCACUCAUUCCCCGACAGAACGACUCAUUCUCCUCCAACUGUACGGGAUACUACUCCUAUGCUAACAGCGUCUCGCCCCUCAAUUCCCCUGGAGGUGACGGAGGGGAGUGUGGCAACGCUGCCGGGAGGGCCAGCGGACCAGCCCGGGCGGCGGGGGUACACCUGUACCACCUGGUACGGACUGCGGACGAGACUGCCUCCGGGACCCUGGGCUCCUCGCGAGACGGGCGGGACCGCACCUACGGCACGCACAAGGCCAUCCCGGAGAUCUUCCUGACGCGGCUGCUCUCUACCAAGGGCACCGUGCAGCAGUUCGUCGACGACUUCUUCAGAACAAUCCUGAGCGCCAACGACGGCUUGCCGCCCGCCGUCAAGUGGCUCUUCGACUUACUGGAUGACGCCUCGCGCGCCCACGGCAUCAACGAUCCCGAGGUGGUGCACGCCUGGAAGUCCAACUGCCUGCCGCUGCGCUUCUGGGUCAACUUCAUCAAGAAUCCUGACUUUAUCUUCGACAUCGCUAAGACGCCCACGGUGGACUCCUGCCUGUCCGUCAUCGCCCAGACCUUCAUCGACGCGUGUUCCACCACUGAGCACCGCCUGGGCAAGGACUCGCCCUCCAACAAGCUACUCUUCGCCAAGGACAUCCCACGGUAUAGAGCACAGGUGAAAAACUUCUACAGCGACGUGGGCAGCGCGCAACCCGUCAGCGAACAAGAGCUGGGCCAGCACAUGCAGCAGCUCUCAGCGGCCCACGCCGGCCACUUCGACAACAUGGCGGCCUUGAAGGAACUCUAUAUCUACGUCACGAAGUACCACGAGCCAAUCCUCGAGUCGCUGGACGCUGACCCUUACUGCAGGAAGCUGAAUUUAGCCCACCGUCUGCAGUCCAUCGCCUACAUCUUGGAGUCCUACAGCCACGCAGGACCCGUCGCCCCCAUGCCGCCCCUGCAGCUGGCCGGCCAACUCUCCGAGCUCUGAGGCGGCCCUAUCUCCACACCACCCCGCCCCUCCCCCACUCACCCGCCCCUCGCCAGCGCCCCUCACGUAGCCUAGUGACAAGUGCCGCUUGUCGCAUUUUUCGACAUAAGGAACCCAAGGAUUUUUUUUAUGAUUUUUCUUACGUGGAAAUGAACAGCAAGUAGGAGAGUGAGCGUGUGUGUGUGUGUGUGUGUGUGUGUGUGUGUGUGUGUGUUGUGUGUGUGUGUGUUGCUGCUAGACGGCCUUCUGUAUGUGUGCAAGAGAGAGAGAGAGAGAGAGAGAGAGAGUCGGCCAGUGUUCCUCCCGAGUGCAAUAACGCAGUGCCGCCACGCCCCGCCCCUCCGCCGCGCCGCGCAGAUAUGUGUGUUUUAUGACUUUGUACUAUCUGCCGAAGUGAUUGUUGCCGUGUGAGGUGAGCUUGAGAGGCCAAGUGACUGAGGGGAGAGUUGGGCGAGUGUAGAUAGUGUGGAUAGCGGAGAGGAGAGAAAGAAAACAACCCACAAAACAAACACUGAAGCUGCCGCCGAAGGUGCGCCUCGGCAAGUUGAUUGUGAUAAUUUGAACUCCUGUUUGUGUGUUAGUCGCUGUGGUCUAGUGCUAGUGCCUAAGGAUACAAUGUUCCUUGUUUUACAUAAAGUGCUUCUUCGACACCUUCACGCUUCAUCCUGCAUGAUGGCCGCCCAGGUGCGUCCCGUGCCGCCACCCCGCGACGGACACCUGUGCUGACCUUUGUACAUACACACGUAACUUUUUUAAUGCCGCCGCAGGAUGGGAGAGUAAGCGAGGAAGCCUCAGGUGGACAGGUCACGUGGAGGCUUUUUUGCAGUCCCUCCCUGCCUGCCCCCUGCCGGCACCCCAGGAUGAUUGCCCCACCAGCCGCGCCCCGACCUGCACCCUGUGUUCCCCGGACCGUCUCGGUGCUGCCUUCUGCUGGAGAGGACCCUGUGUGGCUGGGACACUGCCGGCUGCUCCCUGCCCCUGUGGCCCACUAGUCUGGAUUCCUAUGUGUGUCUUUUUGUAUCCCUCUCUUAGUUCAUCGUUUUAUUAAUUUAUCCAGUUGAUCCAUUCUAGACAUUGUACAGAACUGUCUAGCGAUUUGCAGGAAGGGAAUUGAUGCUGCAAAUGAUCUUUUCCUUUUUAUUCUACUACCGUUGUAUAUUUAGUUUUCUUUUUUAUAUCGUUAUUUGAUUAAGAACGUACGUAUGAAUCUCUCAUCUAUAUAUAUAUGAUGCAUACCCUGUUAUGAGGUGUAGUCUUGAAGACUCACUUCCGAGAGUCGGCCGCUGAGCUGGUGGGAAGAGUGAAAGAUUGGAAGAGUGUGUCCAUGGAUUGAAGCUUCGUGCCCUCACCAACCCUCUCUGUCCCCCUCCAAACACCCCACAAACAAUUCCCCUUAUUCCAAUUCCCUUUCAAAUUCCCAUUAAAAAACAAACAAACCUCUCACCAUCCACAACUUUAUCCUUCUCUUCCCUUUUCAAAUUAUCCCUUUCAUCAUUUCCUCAUUUACCCUUUGUUCUCCCCCACUAAACCCUCCCUCUCCCUUGCCCCCUCGACCACCAUUCCCUCAUAAUUUUCUCCCUGACCUUGAAAAUGUUAAAGUUGUCCAUUAUCUUUCCCUAAAGCCCCUUUAAUAUUGUCCUCCUCCUCCUCCUCCUCCUCCUCCUCCUCCUCCUCCUCCUCACAGUAUAACAUUUACUGUAAUUCCGUCAUAUAUUUCUCCUUACGUUUUAUCUCUUUUUGGUUUUUACCUCAGUUUUAAUUAUCCUUUUUUUUCUCUUUGGAGAUUUUUACGUUGCUUUAUUAUGUUCUCGUUUAAAUUGUCUUACUUUUCUUUAUUUUCUUUCUAUUUUUUUAAGUUUGGAUUAUCAAAAGAAGGCGUUAAUUUUCUGCCUUUUGUUUUCUUGACGUCAAAGAAAACGUGACUGAAUAUUUAUCAACAUUCUAUUGAUAUUAAUAUUCACAUGAUGGCAGUUUUUAUUUUAUAUUUUCAUUAUUCACUUGACGAAUAUAACUGCUUUCCCUCUCUCUCUCUCUCUCUCUCUCUCUCUCUCUCUCUCUCUCUCUCUCUCUCUCUCUCUCUCUCUCUCUCUCUCUCUCUCUCUCUCUCUCUCUCAAUGAAUGUCCUCUCUUUACUUUUAAUUUGAGUGUUUAUACUGAUUGUCCUCAUUUUCCGCUUCAUCCUCACGCCCUUGUCCUCCUCCUCCUCCUCCUCCUCCUCCUCCUCCUCCUCCUCCUCCUCCUCCUCCUCCUCCUCCUCCUCCUCCUCCUCCUCCUCCUCCUCCUCCUCCUCCUCCUCCUCCUUUAAUUCACUACAUAUUAUUCCUUCACUUUUUCAAUUCCUUUAUCUCCGAUCCUCAUUUACUCCUUUUUAUCCUAUCUUCCUCUCUUUUCCUCUUCCUUCUCUCCUUCCCAUCUUCUCAUCCUCCUCCAUCCUUCUUCCUCCCAUCCCUUGCCUCCUCAAAUACAUCAAAUUAACGUAGAUAUUUGUAAUUUACACUAUGCAACCCUUGGAGGAGUUUAAGAUGUACCAGACGCCGUUGAGGUGAAGAAGAACGUUAAUUUGGGGGACAUUGUAUAAAUCUGUACAGAGAACGUUUGUUAUUGUAAAGUAUUUUUGUAAAUGUGAAGUAAGAGGGCAUUGUGUAAAAUCUUGCAACUUUACUACAAAUAAAGUGAGUGCCAAGUGA